CGAGCCCCAGGCACCGGCAGCGAUGUCAACCCCCGCACGGAGGCGCCUCAUGAGGGACUUCAAACGGUUGCAGGAGGAUCCUCCGGCUGGCGUGAGCGGAGCGCCCUCGGAGAACAACAUUAUGGUGUGGAAUGCGGUUAUAUUCGGGCCGGAAGGAACCGCCUUUGAAGAUGGUACUUUUAAACUAAUGGAAUUCACAGAAGAAUACCCAAACAAGCCACCCACAGUUAGAUUUGUUUCAAAAAUGUUUCAUCCAAAUGUCUAUGCAGAUGGCAGUAUAUGUCUGGAUAUACUGCAGAAUCGCUGGAGUCCAACUUAUGAUGUGUCUUCAAUUUUAACUUCAAUACAGUCCUUACUGGAUGAGCCAAAUCCGAACAGCCCAGCCAACAGUCAGGCGGCACAGCUGUAUCAGGAGAACAAACGAGAAUAUGAAAAGCGGGUAUCUGCAAUAGUGGAACAGAGCUGGCGGGAUUGUUGACCUUGCCUAGUGCCUACGAACACUGUCAGGCCGUGAGAAUCAUGAAGCAUUU